AAGAUUUCCUUUUGCACAUGCCAUCUGGUAACAGUGGUUCCAAACAGGAGUCCAUCGGCGGAGGGAGAAUGCUGGUUGGAGCUCAGAGUGCCGCACCCACUUUGGCACUUAAUAACACGGCGCCCCCUGACAUAACAUGUAGUUGUGAAGCGUGCAAUGAGCGCAGGGAAAUUUCAGCAGAGACUGAACGGGAAUCCCAGCAACUACAGAAUUUUUGGUCAGAUGUACGGUACAUGGUUCGCUGCAUAUACCGUCAAGCUGGGACGCCGCUAGCGGAUGACCAGGACCAGUCAUUAGUGCCGGAAAAAGAUGGGAUGAAGGAUUUGGUGGAUAGGUUAUGUGAGCGAGAUCCUUAUCAGCUGUACCAACGCUUAGAGCAGCAAGCGCGUGAAUACGUUUUGGAAUUGAAAGUCCGUCUGCUGAAGCACUUGUCAUUGGGGUUUAAGGUGACCCCCAGCAUACAGGGGCCUCCCCAAGCUCACCAGUUCAUCUCCCUCCUGCUGGAAGAGUACAGCGCCCUCUGUCAGGCGGCAUGCACAAUCGGCACUUUUCUUGUCACUUUGGAAAAUGAGCAUUUGAAGAAAUUUCAGGUGACAUGGGAAUUGCACAAUAAGCAUUUGUUUGAAAACUUGGUAUUUUCUGAACCGUUGCUCCAGAACAGCUUACCGGCCCUGGUUUCACAAUUAAGGCUUGGGACUGCGUCACAUGACUCAUACAGUGAAGAUAUGUACAGUACCUUACUACAAAGGUACCAUCAGCUGGAGCAAGAAAUGGGUCAGAUAUCAGAGGAGUGGCUGGAGUGUCAGAAAAGAAUUGAUAACUAUGUGGAUGAACAG